GGUGCCUUCCCGGAAGGGCUCAGAGGCGGGCUCGGUGAGUGGAGUCGGACAGUGGGUGGGUGCCCUGACUGCCUGACGGCCGCGCAGGGCCCUGCAGGACAGCUGGGGAGGAUGUUGUUAACGUAAAGAGCCAGGCUGAUGAGGAAGGUUCAUGAGUCCUUUGGGUAUAAGCGGGAGUUGGGGCGGCCGGAGGGCAGAUGACUCUGAGAAGGGCAAGCACUUUAACCUUUUAAGCCCAACCAGAUGAGUUGCCUGCAGUUUUGGAGGCCUUCAGAGCAUUUCACUAGACCUCUGUCUGUGUCGGUCCAGUGUCUUUAGCCAAGCUUUGAUUAAAGAUGACUUCCUUGUUUGCUCAAGAAAUUCGCCUUUCUAAAAGACAUGAAGAAAUAGUAUCACAAAGAUUAAUGUUACUUCAACAAAUGGAGAAUAAAUUGGGUGAUCAACACACAGAAAAGGCAUCUCAACUCCAAACUGUUGAGACUGCUUUUAAAAGGAACCUUAGUCUUUUAAAGGAUAUAGAAGCAGCAGAAAAGUCACUACAGACCAGGAUUCACCCACUUCCACGGCCUGAGGUGGUUUCUCUUGAGACUCGUUACUGGGCAUCAGUAGAAGAAUAUAUUCCCAAAUGGGAACAGUUUCUUUUAGGAAGAGCACCAUAUCCUUUUGCUGUUGAAAAUCAAAAUGAAGCAGAAAAUACCAUUCAAAAUGAGGCACAGGGAUAACUUCUUCACAUGCUAUUUCAAAAAGCCUGUUUAAUAAAGCUGAAUGUUAAGGUGUAUGUAGGUUAUUGCAGGAACUUUAGGAAUUAAAUAUGUUCAUAUUCUUGAUUAUCUCCUAAGUGACAGUGAAGAUAUGAGAAUUUACUGGCAAGUUACAUGUUAUCACCUACUACUAUUUCAAGGUCAUGAAUUUGCUUUCUACCAAACCCAUAGAUGUGUUAAACACGAAUAUUAAAAGGUGGACUCUUUAUUAAUUAAA